CAAGUGUGCGUGAUCCUUCCUGUUACGAAAAGGGGAGUACGACGAGUAGAACAGGCAUUCAUUAGGACAGAGAGGGCUGUUCAUCUUCACUCACUGUAGAUCGAUAAUGGAGCCAGAAAACGACUCGCAUGAAGAGGAGACCACAUUCAGCAACAAAGAUAGUAACGGUAAGCGUUCUGCUGAAGACAUGGAUGAGGACAAGCCCUAUAAACGCUCCAGAAACUCAGAUGACAUGGUAGAGCUCAGAAUCCUGCUACAGAGCAAAAAUGCCGGAGCAGUGAUUGGAAAGGGUGGGAAGAAUAUUAAAGCUCUGCGCACAGAUUACAAUGCCACUGUGUCAGUCCCAGACAGCAGUGGGCCCGAGCGAAUCCUAAGCAUCAGUGCUGAUAUUCCCACGGUAGCUGGGAUAUUGCUGAAGAUCAUACCCACUCUGGAAGAGUAUCAGCAUUAUAAGGGGGUGGACUUUGACUGUGAGCUGAGGCUGCUCAUUCAUCAGAGUCUAGCCGGAAGCAUCAUCGGUGUGAAGGGUGCCAAGAUUAAGGAACUCCGUGAGAGCACCCAGACCACCAUCAAGCUAUUCCAGGAGUGCUGUCCUCAGUCCACUGACCGUGUGGUGCUCAUUGGGGGCAAAGCAGAUCGAGUGGUGCAGUGCAUUAAGACCAUGCUCGAGCUCAUUGUGGAGGCUCCCAUUAAAGGUCGUGCUCAGCAGUACGACCCCAACUUCUACGAUGAGACGUAUGACUACGGUGGCUUCAGCACGAUGUAUGAAGAGCGGGGGCGUCGGCCAAUGGGAGGCUUCACCUCGAGGGGGCGUGGAGGUGGCUUUGACCGUAUGCCCCCCAGCGGAGGUCGCGGUGGCCACCAUAUGCCACCGAACAGGAGGGACUAUGAUGACAUGAGUCCACGCAGGGGCCCCCCUCCACAUCAAAGAGGAGGGAGAGGAGGGGGCCGCCCCCCACGUAACAUGGGAGGACCUUCCCAUCAUAGGAGAGGGGAUGACCAAUACUCCUACAGCUCCCAGCGUGGCCAAAUGGAAGAGAGACGACAUGGAGAAAGGAGAGGACGCAGUGAUCGUUAUGGAGGCGACAUGAAUGAUGGAUAUGGUGGAAGGGGUAACUGUAGCGAUUUGGGAGGCCCUGUUAUCACCACACAAGUGACAAUCCCCAAAGAUCUGGCAGGAUCCAUCAUUGGUAAAGGGGGUCAGAGGAUCAAGCAAAUUCGUCAAGAGUCUGGAGCGUCAAUCAAAAUUGAUGAGCCCCUGCAGGGUUCUGAAGACCGCAUCAUCACCAUCACAGGAACCCAAGACCAGAUCCAGAAUGCUCAGUACCUGUUACAGAACAGUGCUCUACACCUCUUGGGCCGCCAGAGCUAACCAGCCACCUUUCUCAGGAUAUCCAUCCAAUUGCAGCUUGAGUCCUCACCACCAUAUGAUAGCUUGACACAUUACAAAUCCUCGCCUGUCACCUAGAAUCCCUCAUAGAAUACAAGCCCGAGCCCUCUGUUUGUUUUCGAUUGUGGAUUUUGUGGGGUUGGUUUUUUUUUUCUUCCUUUAUAUAUAUGAAUCUUAAUUUUAUAUGGGUCAACUUUCAUGUACUUCACAGAAACUCCUUGCAUCUGCUUUUCAACUGGAUGUUUGUUUUGAUUUGAUUUUAGAGUUUUCUUUUUUGUUAGGAUGAUUGUUUUGUGAGUAAUGAAAUGUAUUUUCCAUCAUUUAAAAAGCUCACUCCAAAAUUUACACAUGUACAUGCAGGAGUUUGAAAUUCAUUCUAUAGUGCAAAUUUUCUUGUUUUCUAGAGAGUUUGAAAACAGAAUUGAGUAAAGUAGGGAAUGACAUGUAAAUAUCCAGUGGAAAAUGAUAACUAUGGACAAAAGGAUAUAUCCUUGAGUCUCUUCCAUGUGUGUGCUGGUUUUCCCUCAGAAAUACAGAGAAGAUUUUCACCAGGUACUGAAGCCUUGAAGUACUUUUUUGUACAUCUUUUCUCCUGUCUGUCGCUGUUUUUAAAAUCUAGUGAUUUAAGGAAUUUGCUCUACCUCUGGAAUUUUUGUAGGUCUGCCAUCCAAAUGAAUGCCCACAAAUAGUCUGAUUUUUAAAAAGAGAGAGAGAGAGAGAAAAUGUGAAUUUGAAGUUGUUUUUAGACUGUGUUUGCAUCGGAGCAGGACAAUAAUUCUCACUCCCCCUUGUUUUAUUUUUCUUAAUUUUUUUUACGCAAACUGUCUCUAACGUUCUUCAACCAGACACAUUUGUAGAGUUUGUCAUUUGUCUGAAAUAAAGGACAUGCCAUUUUUCCAGUG